AAGACACAUAAUUGAAUCAAACAUUUAACGUGCAACAUGAAGCUUCUGGUACUUUUCGCUGCAACUCUCCUUUGCGUUCAAGCCUACCAUAUUCCAUACGGUCUCUAUGAUGCUUCAUUUGAAUCCAGUGAGGAGGAGUAUCAGGUACUCGUGAAGGCUAAUAAUCAACCACCACUCAGUUUACCGGGCGUGGGCGUCUAUAAUCAACCCAUUUUGCAAGCGGUCAAAGUGAAAGUGCCACGCUACGUUAGUCCAGAACUCAAGCAGCAAAUUAUCACGCAGACCCUAGCUGCACGCGGUUUGACUCUACACACACAGCCGCCACAAGGCGCCUUAAACAAUGUCGCACCAACUGCCGAUGUACGGCCACAGCGAGAGGUGCCAGCUACUACAGCUGCAGCAAAUAAGGGUGCCGCAGUGGUAAGUGGCACCGACGAUAACAAUGUCGUCUUAACCGCUGGUGUGCAGGAGGCAUCAGUAAAGCCGGCGGUACUAUCGACUUCAGUUGUACCAGAGGCGCCUGUGAUCCCGGUUGUACCAAUGAUGUUGUAGAGCGGCAUAAAGUGACAUGUUAGCUCUAAGUCAGCAUACUUUUCCUUAUGAAACUCAAGUAAAAUAUUGUGUGUUCUAAAUAUUUUUUAAUAAAAAGUCCCUUC